CGGCAGUCGGGUAAGUGGUGGCGCCUCCAUCUGUUGUCUUCUGCUGCUUGGGGAAGAAACUGAAGCUGUCAGGUUGAUUAGAGCGAGCCAGAUUUCGACUCAGUGAGCUCGGCGGAGAGAGGAGAAAGUUGCAGGAGAGCCUACUCAGGUAUGGCUUUUACGUUGAGGAGCGUGAAGGUCCCGCCAAAUUCGGCGAGCCUGGAGGAGGCGAAGCAACGUGUGUUCGAUUUCUUCAGGGCGGCCUGCCGAUCCAUCCCCACCAUCAUGGACAUCUACAACCUCGACGACGUCGUCAAUAAAUCCGAUCUUCGUUCCGCCAUCUCCGCCCAGAUUCGCAAGAACUCUCACGUCACUAACCCUAAGGUGAUUGAUAUGCUUCUCUUCAAGGGGAUGGAAGAACUCAAUAACGUUACAGAGCAUGCUAAGCAGAGGCACCACAUCAUUGGCCAGUAUGUGGUGGGACGUCAAGGGCUUGUGCAGGAUUCAGGCACAAAGGAGAAGGGCUUGUCAGAUUUCCUGAAAAGUUUUUAUAAAAGCAACUACUUCUGAGCUUUCAUCAUGGGUAUGUCUCGCCAAAGAUUGUGAUUUCAGGUGCAAACUUUUCGAAUAAAACUUGUACUUGCAGUUGCUCUUCUACCUUGGGGGUAAUCCCUCUUUUCAGCUGAAAACUCGUUUGCCUUCAUGUGUACUUUAUUCUUUCAGUUCUAUUCUUAGUCAGUUGCUUGAAUAUGGGAAUCAUAUCAACUCCAGACAUGCUGGACUACAACCGAGUAGGGCAUUC